GAAAAGCACAAGCGGGGGCUGCUUAUAUCUUUGCAUCUGCCCAGUAUCCUGCCAUGAGGGUUAACGGUUUCUCCCUUGCGUCGCGCCCCUCCUGACCCCUUCAGUCACUCGUUUGGGCGUCUAUAGCAUUCAUUCAUUCAUUCAUUUGAUACUCAGUUUCUUAUUCCCAGUCUCUCCUUCAUUUCGGCAAUCAAUUCUAGUCAUGCGUUCAGCCAUCCCUUUUAUCCUCAGCCUCGGCUCCCUGGCUGCGGCCAUCAGCAUCACCGAGCCGACCCUCAAUUCGACCUACGCCGCCGGUUCCACCAUCACCGUUAACUGGACCACUGUUGACACCGAUCCCACCACCUUCAGCCUCUAUCUCUGGAAUUUCGUCUACUGGCCGCCCUCCUAUGUCCCCUUGGCGCUUGAUAUUCCCACCUCCGAUCUGUCAUACCCCGUGCAAAUCCCCUGCGACACCGAUCCAGAGUGGGGCUACCAGAUUAGCGGGAUCAACGGCACCAACGUCUACAUCAUCUAUGCUCAGUCUGAGAAAUUCUUCGUCUCCGACGUGGCCAACGCGACCGAAUGCGUCGAUACGAGCGUCACGGCCCCCGGAGCAUCUGCUUCCUCUACCUGCCCUGCAGCAUCUACCGUUUAUGUUACGGUGAGCCCUACCGCGUCCAGCUCUGCUUUGUUUCACCACAACCAUCACCAUGAUCAUCAUCUUCUCCAUCACCACUCCUCCCAUCUCCCGGCUCCUUCAUCCACUCCUGCUCCUGUCAUCUCGUCCAGAACUGUCAAGCCAGGAAUCGUGCCUAAGACUAUUGGUUGGUGCUCAGACUAUUCCCACCCUGUGACCUUGGACAAGGUGCCGACCCCAACGGUGGCCUUGUAUGAAACAGAGACGGCGUCGCACGCCAGAACUCAGGAUGUUAGCGUCGUGACAGCCACUACUACCGUGAGUGUUGUUGGCAAUGCCGGAGGCGAUGGGUGUCCUUUUGCCUGAGGUGGUGAUCCUUCGAAAUGUUUAUACUGUGUCUGCCAUCGACCUAGUAGCUACCAUCAUGUAAGACUAUACAUAUUGCAACAGUGUGAUACCAUGCGACUUGAUCACCCGUUCCCAUUACGCAUUCCUAUACACCAACUUAUAUACUACUUCUAGAGAAAGUAUCUGUAAACCUCUGGGAAUUCUCUUAAAUUUCUGAAUGUCGUGCGCAUCUCUCAACGGCCAGGAUCCUCCCAGAUUAGUCUCGUG